CUGGGCGGCCACCGCACCGUCCCGCUCACUCCGAAGCCGCAUUCCCGGUCCUCUCGCCCGCCCCGGUGCCUCCAUAAGGCCUCGGGUCAGGCUCCUCCCCGGCCAGCGACCCCGCCCCGGCGCGAGACCACUCCUGCCGCCGGCUCCCGCCUAUUCCCGCCCGGAGUACCGCCUCGCAAGCCCUGCCCCCGCCUCGGAGCCCCGCCCCGACUCGGGGACCACCCUCAGCCCGCGGAGGCGUGGACCGAACGCUGUGGGCACCCUCGGAGGUCCCGUCCCCUCGCCUUCGCCGCGCGUUGGUUCCCGCGGAGCCGCGCGCGCCACCGGCCGGACGAGCUCGCAGACCACGAGGAGAGCCGCUGGGAGCCGGUGGAUCGCGAUGCGAGCCAGCAUCUCCCUUCUUCUCUGGAUGGAAGGCCGGGUCCUGGGACUCCACCUCUGACGCCGGGAGCUGGUGGCCUGUGGCAGGGAGAAGCAUUGCACAGCGGGCACUGCGGGCAGCAUGGUUGCCUGAGGCAGAAGCUUCCGCAGUCGCUGGAGUAGCUGGAGGAAGGAAUAUGGAACCGUAGCGGCUCCCCCAGGAAGAGUGUCAGGAUGGCAGCUCAGCGGAUCCGAGCCGCCAACGCCAGCGGCCUCCCCCGGUGCAAGUCCGAGGGGACCCUGAUCGACCUGAGCGAAGGGUUUUCGGAAACGAGCUUUAAUGAUGUCAAAGUGCCUUCUCCCAGUGCCUUGCUAGGAGACAAUCCCACACCUUUCGGAAAUGCAAAGGAAGUGAUCGCAAUCAAGGACUACUGCCCCAACAACUUCACCACCCUGAAGUUCUCCAAGGGCGACCACCUCUACGUCUUGGACACGUCCGGCGGGGAGUGGUGGUAUGCCCACAACACCACGGAGAUGGGCUACAUCCCCUCCUCCUACGUGCAGCCCCUCAACUACCGGAACUCCACGCUGAGUGACAGCGGGAUGAUCGACAAUCUUCCCGACAGCCCAGAGGAAGUAGCCAAGGAGUUAGAUUUGCUCGGAGGAUGGACAGAUGACAAGAAGGGAUCGGGCAAAACCUACAGUAACAACCCUUUCUGGAACGGGGUCCAAACAAACCCAUUUCUGAAUGGGAAGGUGCCGGGGAUGCCCAGUGUGGACGAGCUGGCUCCCAGAAGCACUGUGGACUUGCUGCUCUUUGACACGGGCACGUCUUCCUUCACGGGGUCCAGCCCGGCCACCACGAACAGCACCGGCAACAUCCUUGACGAGCUGCCGGCCGCCAACCAGCUCCAGGCCGAGGGGCCCGUCAAGCGGGACAACCCGUUCUUCCGGAGCAAACGUUCCUACAGUCUGUCGGAACUCUCCGUCCUCCAAGCCAAGUCCGAGGCGCCCGACUCAUCGGGGUAUUUCACGGGCUUGAAGUCCCCGGCCCCCGAGCAGUUCCAGAGCCGGGAGGACUUCCGCGCAGCCUGGCUGAGCCACCGGAAGCUGGCUCGGUCUUGCCACGACCUGGACUUGCUGGGCCAAAGCCCUGGGUGGGGCCAGACCCAAGCAGUGGAGACCAACAUCGUGUGCAAGCUGGACAGCUCCGGGGGCUCCGUGCAGCUCCCCGACACCGGCAUCGGCAUCCAUGUGCCGGAAGGCCACGUGGCCCGGGGGGAAACCCAGCAGAUCUCCAUGAAAGCCCUGCUGGACCCCCCCUUGGAACUCAACAGCGACCGCUGCUGCACCGUCAGCCCGGUGCUGGAGGUGAAGCUGAGCACCCUGGAGGUGAAAACCGUCAUCAUCUUGGAGAUGAAAGUUUCAGCCGAGGUGAAAAACGACAUUUUCAGCAAAAGCACCGUGGGCCUGCAGUGCCUGAGGAGCGACCUGAAGGAAGGGCCGUAUGUCCCCAUCCCCCUCACCUACAGCUACGGGGACACGGUCCAGGUGCACCUGGACAACCUGGAGCCCUGUAUGUACCUGGCCAUCGUGGCCCACGGACCGAACAUUCUCUACCCUUCCACCGUGUGGGACUUCAUCAAUAAAAAAGUCACGGUGGGUCUCUACGGCCCCAAACACAUUCACCCGUCCUUCAAGACAGUGGUGACCCUUUUUGGGCAUGAUUGUGCCCCAAAGACUCUCCUGGUCACCGAGGUCACCCGCCAGGCCCCCAGCCCCGCGCCCGUGGCCCUGCAGCUCUGGGGUAAGCACCAGUUCGUCUUGUCCAGGCCCCAGGACCUCCAGGUCUGCAUGUUUUCCAACAUGACAAACUACGAGGUCAGAGCCGGCGACCAGGCCAAAGUCGUGAGAGGGUUCCAGAUGAAGCUGGGCAAGGUGAGCCGCCUCAUCUUCCCCAUCGCCUGCCAGAACCCCAGCGAGCUCUCCGACUUCACCCUGAGGGUCCAGGUGAAGGACGACCAGGAGGCCAUCCUCACCCAGUUUUGCGUCCAGACGCCCCAGCCGCCCCCCAAAAGUGCCAUCAAGCCGUCCGGGCAGAGACGGUUCCUCAAGAAGAACGAGGUCGGGAAGAUCAUUCUGUCCCCGUUCGCCGCCACCACCAAGUACCCGACCUUUCAGGACCGCCCCGUGUCCAGCCUCAAGUUCGGCAAGCUGCUCAAGACCGUGGUCCGGCAGAGCAAGAACCACUACCUGCUGGAGUACAAGAAGGGCGACGCCAUCGCCCUGCUCAGCGAGGAGAAGAUCCGGCUGAAGGGGCAGCUGUGGACCAAGGAGUGGUACAUCGGCUACCACCAGGGCAAGGUGGGCCUGGUGCACGCCAGGAACGUGCUGGUGGUGGGCAAGGCCCGGCCCAGCCUCCUGGCGGGGCCCGAGCUCAGCACCUCGGUGCUGCUGGAGCAGAUCCUGCGGCCCUGCAAGUUCCUCACCUACAUCUACGCCUCCGUCAGGACGCUGCUCAUGGAGAACAUCAGCAGCUGGCGCUCCUUCGCCGACGCCCUGGGCUACGGGAACCUGCCGCUCACCUUCUUCUGCCGAGCGGAGCUGGACAGCGAGCCCGAGCGGGUGGCGUCCGUCCUGGAGAAGCUGAAGGAGGACUGUAACAACGCGGAGAACAAGGACCGGAAGUCCUUCCAGAAGGAGCUCAUGAUGGCCUUGCUGAAGAUGGACUGCCAGGGCCUGGUGGUCCGGCUCAUCCAGGACUUUGUGCUCCUGACCACGGCUGUCGAGGUGGCGCAGCGCUGGAGGGAGCUGGCCGAGAAGCUCGCCAAGGUGUCCAAGCAGCAGAUGGACGCAUAUGAGUCUCCCCACCGGGACAGGAACGGGGUCGUGGACAGCGAGGCCAUGUGGAAGCCCGCGUAUGACUUUCUACUGACCUGGAGCCACCAGAUCGGGGACAGCUACCGGGACGUCAUCCAGGAGCUGCACACCGGCCUGGACAGGAUGAAGAACCCCAUCACCAAGCGCUGGAAGCACCUCACGGGCACCCUCAUCCUCGUGAACACCCUGGACAUCCUGCGAGCGGCUGCCUUCAGUCCUGCCGACCAGGACGACUUUGUGAUUUGAACGGGCGCCCCCGGCCUGCUGCUGCCCUGGGGCCCGUGCCCCCGUCUGCCCCCCAUCUAUCCCGGAUGCCUGUGCAGCCACAUGUUGCUGGGGAGGGUGGAAGGGCCGGCUGCUCAGACAGAUGAGGGUCGCUCGAUGGCCCCGCGCCGAGGACCAAGCACACCCAGUGCUCCACCUGCCGCCUCCAUCUCGGGGCAGGGGAGGCCUGAAGGGAAUUUCCACUGCAGGUCAUUGCCAAUCAAAUAGCUUUCUAUUUGUUAAGUAUACAUUUAAAUUUAAAAUCACUUUUUUAAAGUAUGGGGAGGAGGGGACAUAUGAGAAACGUGGCAUCUAAUUUUUUUAAUGGACCAUAUAGGUAAAAACAAAACUUAUAGGGGCAGACGCUGUUAAGGUUUUUAUGUUCUCUGAAGACCUUUUUAAAUUAUGUUACAGAUGUAUAUAUGUAUUUAAAAGUACUCGGGGGCAUUUCUUGUUCCCAGACACACUCACAUUUCAACAGGAAGACGCUUGUUUGUGCGUUGGACCUUCUUUCACUCCGUACCUGUACAAACGUAAAUCAAAUAGGAGCCGUGGUUUUAGGUAAAUGAGUGUCGCCCAAGCCCAUUCUUUCUGAGAACGUCCUGGGUCCUUUCUCCCCUCCUUUCUUACCUUCUGUACCUUGGCCUCGUGGUGACCAGCCACAGGGCACGUGGACCGUGUUGUGGGCCAAGUUAAGUCUGACUGGUGCCCUUGAGACGAGGAAGCAGCUGGGAGUUGGCGUUCUCUGUGGCCCCGGCUCAUUCAGAAGAGCAAUUCCAGUUCUUAUCGAGCUGGUCCCUGCAAAACUCCCCCUCUCUGUGGUCAGGAAGGAAACUUCGCCACAAGGACAGCCUGUGCAAGGUGCCGGCGGCCAUUUGCCAAACUCUCUGCUUCAUUUCAUCCCACACGUGAUCCCUCUCCCUUCUUGGUAUACCCAUGUCUCCUUGGGCAUGAAUAGUGUGGGGAAACCGUGUUUAUUUACAAUAUAGAGAUUAUCUAAGCAGGAUGCACAUGUUCUGAACAUGAAAUACUUCCCACAUAAAGUCUGGGGCCUGGUGGAAUGUUGCAUUGAUCACCUUUAUGGUUGCAGAUCGACUUGCUGGGUUGAAUUCUACGACUGCACUGUUGGCAUCUCAGAGGGAGCAAGGGGCACGACUGGAGUCCCCAGGAAUGUGCCGGGAUGGGCACCGGGUGCGUAAAAAGUCAAGUGGGGCCACUUGGGAUCCCAGUCUCAUUCUCUAAAUCUGCUUUCUUGAAACACUAUAAUUACCUACUAUAAUCAAUGUAUAGUCCCUUAUGGGGCUGAAACAUUCUUGUGUAUCUAUUGAUUCAGAUACUGAAGAUCAACUGGCUAGAAAAAAACGAUACCAAAAAAUAAAAACACUACGUAUUUUAUGCUGCAAGAACCCAGACACACAAUUCCCCAAUCAUCACACGAGUUAACCUUAAAUUCAGCUUUUCAACUCUCUACCAUCAUUCUUUCCAGAGAUCCUUUCUCCCCUUUCCCCCCAAAAAAGAAACAAAACCAGUUGCACCUUAAACCAUGGGUAUUUUUCCUCAGGGGCUUAAAAUAGUUUCCUAUGCAACAUGUCUUGUAGCACAAAUUAAAUUCUACAGAAGUUGCAGUAAAUUUUAUUUGGAUAUUUUGA